CUCGACUUGCAUACCGAAUAGGCUAUAUUCAACGAAACCCACAUCCACCACGUAUCGCACACUCGACUCGCCUUGCCAAGAUGGUCAUAUCAUUCAUUCUGAUCCAGAACCGCCAAGGCAAGACCCGACUCGCCAAGUGGUACUCACCCUACAACGACGACGAGAAGAUCAAACUUAAAGGCGAGGUCCAUCGCCUCGUUGCUCCUCGCGACCAGAAACACCAAUCCAACUUCGUGGAGUUCCGCGGCUCGAGCAAGAUUGUCUAUAGAAGAUAUGCAGGACUGUUCUUCUGCGCUUGCGUCGACUCGACGGACAAUGAGCUGGCUUAUUUGGAGGCCAUACAUUUCUUCGUGGAAGUGCUAGAUCAGUUCUUCGGCAAUGUGUGCGAGUUGGACCUGGUGUUCAAUUUCUACAAGGUUUAUGCUAUUCUGGACGAGGUCUUUCUUGCUGGAGAGAUUCAGGAGACGAGCAAACAAGUCGUACUCACGAGGCUGGAGCACCUGGACAAGUUGGAGUGAUGCUGCUUGUUGCUUCACGCACACUUGCUAAAGGAGGUUGAGCAGGGAUCGAGAUUACCGCAAGCCCAGGGCAAUACCUCUUAUCUUGGACCGAAACGCCUGUGGUGCUGCGCAGGCCGCCAAAGAUCCUGUCCGCAUGUCGCAGGAGAAUCUGGACCAUUUGAAGUAAUUUCGCACUAUCGCGUCCUCCCUCUUCGGCGCCCACACUUCUGCCUCGCUUCAUCAUUUACUGUCUUCAAGCAUGAUUGCUAAGAUUUGCAUUCAGGCCGAAAGAUCACUACAGGCUUUGGAUGCUUGAAAACUGGACAAAGGAUUUGCUGCGCUGCGCCAUGAGUUAUUUGGACGAGAUGGAGUAAUACCAUACCCUCUCCAUCCGCCCUUUCUGCAUACAAAUACACUCCUAUCCCGCUCAUGAACCCAGAGAAGCCAUGCUAAAGCAGCUCGAGUAGCGAACCCGGUGAGAUGAAGCCGAUUGCACGACCGUUCGUUAUACGGCAUGGCUUCGGCUGCAAGGGCGUAGAAAUGGUGACCCUUUCCUACGUUCAGAAUGGGGGUAUUUUCCAUCGCUAUGAUUGCGACAACAGAAACAAGCUCGGCAAUGGCCCACACGGCUGUGCUCACUUCACGAAUGUUGGUAUCGAUGCGCAAAGAGUCGCGACGGGCAUUUUGUUUACCGCAAUGACGCAUCAAGUGGUGCCAGCAGAUUCGGGCGACGCGAUACAAUCCACCACUUCUGCCAACGUAUUCGCACUGUGGCUGGAUGAAAUCAAACAUGGGAUUAGACUCCAUCAAUCGGGCCACGAGCAUAUCUUACGCAAACAACCAGUAUCACAGUCAGAAGUUCCGUAUAAGCCCAGGGGUACGAAAAUGGGUCAAGAAAGAGUCAUGACGGCUACACGGCAGACGGCAGCUAUUCGAAGUCGUUACAGAAUUGGAAUGAGGGAAUUUAUCGAUAGGGGAAGAACCCCGGUCACGCUCCUUGCCAGCUUGAGGCGACAGGCGAGCGGGCUACAAUUCAGUGAACGGAGACCAACAGACCUAAUAGGAGGACACUUUUUGGGUAAGGACGGGCAAGUUUAUGAGUGGCCAAGAGGCACGGGGAUUGUAAGGGAUGACAAUCGUUAUCAAGGACGCAAUUCACUCAUGUACGAAGCCUUGGGGAGUUCUGUAAUCGUGCCGUAAAG